AUGACGUCACCCGUUUCCUCCGAUACCUCCAAUUCCAAAGGCGCAGCUAUCACCGCACCCGCUAAGAAUGACCAGGGCUACCACAGAGCGCCACUAACCUCUCUCACCGCGCCUUACCAGCCCGGCAGCGACUGGGACCGGGUGUGCGAGAACUUCAUCGUCUUCCCGCCCGGGCGGAGCAGGCGAGGGACCAAGGGCCCGCGGUCGAUGAUAGCGGCCUGUACCCGCGUGCUAGCGGACAACAUUCGUGACGUGUCCUUCGAGACGAUCCUCGAACUCCCGGACCAUUUAAAGCGCGCGCUCUUCCGAGAGCUGUAUCCCAGGAACAUGGCCCUGCAAUCCUGGCGGGCGCUGACUGGGGCCUUCAUGCCGGAGUUGUCCGCCCGCGCUGCCUCCGCGUCGUCGGGAAAGGGCAAGGAGAAGGAGUCACAGUUCACGGCGGAGAUGGCCGUGUUUCGCUACAAUCUGGAGAUUGGCGCUCCGCAAUGCAGGUUGAGCGCGUAUAUCACGCCGUUUAUGGACUGGACGGAUGGUCUCAUAUAUUUUUCCAUCGACAACGUCCCGCGUUUCCAGACUCACGAAUUGGUAGCCCUGGCUAAGCUGCGGCAGUUGGCUGUGCUAGAGAUCGUGGAGCGGGAGGACAGGGACAGCCCGGUUAGCGAUAGGCUGUUUCGGGCAUGGGGCGAGGUAGAGGGAGAGAGAUUCCCAACCCUGCGCGUCUUGAAAAUUGCGUCGAAAAGGCACCAGGUUACGGAAAGAGCCCUGCAAUACGUGCUGCCGCUUCCGUCUCUGGAGAUCUUUGAUAUCACGGCACUCCGUUCCUCGACACUGCGUAGUGAUCAGGCCAAGGAUGUCGCGAAUCGCUGUGGCUGGAAAGUCGAGGAGGCAGGGGAUAGGCGCUGGCGUUACGCAGAGAGGCAAAGGCCCCCCGAAAUCCCAGAGAAAAGACUGUUCGUAGCAUAUGCCGACGCUUACCUCGACGGGCGAAUCCCGGUGCAUUGGACAGGUGCCUUGGGCUUGAAGAAGAUGUUCGAGCAAGACAAGCAAGAGGUAGUCUGGGUUGAUAACCCCCGACGGCUGCUGUAUCCGGAAGAGGAGAAAAGCCGGGAAUUGAAGGACGAGAAAACAGACACCGAGCGUGAUCCGGGACACGUCGAACCUGAACCCGAGAAGCCGGAGCUCCGCGACUAUAUCGAUGACGGCUGGCGGAGUGUGUUGGACGGCAGUCACAUGCUAUCUCGCCUCGCAGGGUUCCACAAGGAUAGCGAUACGAGCCAUUUCGACAUGACGGCGGACCAAGUGUUUUGGUUCCUUGCACUUCUAGACCAGCGCCAAGGCGGCGAGAGGAAGCCACCCGCCGGCCAAAUGCAAGCAUUCGGCGUGACGCUGCCGAGGGAUCGCUUUGUGAGCUUCACGCUGUGUGACCACCCUUGCGGCGAAUAUCAUUCCCGGGAGACUCUGUACGCUGAGCGCCUGAUUUUCUCCCGGUCUCGAGAGGCGGAGGCGCGCCGUCAACGGGCUUCUCAUCUGGAUAAUCGUGAGGAGAAUCCCCAGGCGCCGAAACCGCAGAAGUCGAAGAAGCGGCAGGGGCAGACAAUUGCAGACCUGCUUUCGUCCAUGGUUGAAUGA